AUGUCUGUCGCUACCAAGAACCUCUACGACCUCCUCGGUAACGACAUCGAGGGAGAUGAGCCCCCCGCUCCUCCCCUAAGGCCCGUCGAGAAGACGUCGACCCACACCGUCAAGCGCAACACUGAUGGCCUAGCUCCCUCCAAGGGUCCGGUCACGACUGGCAACCGUCGGGGCGGCGCUAAUGUCGGCGGUAACGAGGCUGCCUUCCGUGACCGUGGCGCUGGACGGGACUCCAACCGUGUUAAGUCUACAGAUGAGGCUCCCCGCGGCGGACGUCGUGGUGGCUUCCGUGGAGGCCGUGGUGGUCGACGCGAGGAGGGCGAUCGUCACCCCUUCAGAGGCGCACUUCAUAGCAACUCCGAGAAGCAGGCUGCCCAGUCGUGGGGCGCCAACGAAGGCGAGGCUGAAUUGAAGGACGAGCAAGCGGCUGCCGAGAUUGCCCAGUCUGAGCAGAAGGCCGAGGGUGAGGCUGCUGCUGAGGGCGAGGUCAAGGAGGAGGAGCCCGAAGAGAAGCACAUCACCUACGAUGAGUACCUCGUCCAGCAGGCCGAGAAGAAGGCCGCUCUCGAGGCCGAGCUCAACGUCCGUCAGCCCAACGAGGGUGUCAAGGACGACAAGUGGAAGGAUUUUGCCCCUCUUGCGAAGGACGAUGAGGAGGAGCUCUUCCCGGCCUCCGGCGGCAAGACCAAGCGCGAGCGUGAGCGCAAGACGAAGCAGUUCGUCGAGCUCGAGAACCGUUACAUCGAGCCUGAGCGCACCCGCGGCGGCCGUGGUGGUCGUGGCGGCGAGCGUGGUGACCGUGGCACUCGCGGUGACCGUGGCGAGUUCCGCGGUGGUCGUGGCCGUGGUGAUGGUGCCCGUGGUCGUGGCCGUGGCGCUCCCCGCGGCGAGUCGCGUGGCGAGUUCCGUGGUGGUCGCGGCGGCGCCCGUGGCCAGGAGAACAAGCCCAUUAACACGAAUGACGAGGAUGCCUUCCCUAGCUUGGGCGGCUCCAAGUAA